AUGAGGGAGAACGGGCUGAUUAAAUCGAAAAGGUGUUACGAGAUCUUCCGUAAAACCGAUCCAGAAUGGUUCCUAGAUCCUAACUCCGAUUUGAACCCUUGGGAUGCUUCAGAAAUCAGUACAAUGAACAGUGAAGAGCUGGAAGAAGCAGAACUUCUGAAAGCUGACACCUGGCUUCAUUCCGCGCUAGUGGUGGUUGCAAUUCUGACGUUGGUAGAUGAGACCAAGCCAAAGAGGGGUCCCGUUCGUCUCCUCGACUUGGGAUGCGGAAGCGGGUACAUGACGGCCAUAUUGGCGCAGGCAAUUUAUCCGGGAACCGUUGUCUCGGCGGACACAGACGCAGAGAAAGUGAGCGCGGCGCGGUCGGUCCUGAGUCGCCGAUUCGAAGAGCUGAUGCCUAAUAUAGAGCUAAAAUGCGGAGACGCGUUCGAAAAACAAGGAGAGCGCGAAAGUUUCGACAUCAUCCACGUGGGGGGCGCCGUCGACGAAAUCCCCAAAGUGUGGGUCGAACAACUGAAAGUAGGCGGCUCGGUCAUAGCUGCAUUUCCAGACUUGCAAAAUCGAGGUGAAGAUGGGCCAAAAGUAGGAUACAUGCUCAGAAGAGUUAUAAAAUCAAGCGCAGAAAAUUUGCUGCCUAUAGACAUGAUGGUGGUAAAUUACGAAAAACUAUCCACCCCUGAUUUCUCCUAA